AUGAAGGUUCCUACAGCCAUGCGGGCACGCUAUCGCUCUCCCGUCCGGGGCGGCCUUGGCGCGUUCGCAGCGGCGCUGAUUCUGGUCGCGCUGCUGCUCACGGGAAUCGCAGCAGCUGCGGAGACCGCAGCGGAAAUCGCAUCUUCGCGUCAUGCCGGCGCACCGGGCGGCGCGAACACGGACGCAAACGACACCGAGUCGCCAGCGGUCAACGGUCCGGUCAAAGAGACCCACUCCCUCGAGGACACGCCCGCCGGUCCCCUCAAGCGGCGUCGAGCGCUCGCGACGGAGGCGCCCUUGGGGACGUGCAGGGUGCACUGGACGCUGUCCACCUUCCUGGGUGACGGCGACACGUCGCGCAACAGCAACCAGGGCGACAGCAUCGACGGGUCCGGCGCCGGAGCUGUCAUCGGGAACCAGAUCCGGUCCAUGACAUUCGGUCCCGAUGGCGCGCUCUACUGGUCCGAGGUCAACGCGCAUGUGGUCCGCAAGGCGACGGUGUCGGGGACAGUGACGACAGUCGCAGGCGUCAAGUAUUCGGGCGGCAUCGCGGCGGGAGCGGCGACGACGACUGCGCGUCUGUACGUCCCGCACGGUCUGGCCUUUUCGCGGGACGGCAGGCUGUACAUUUCCAACAGGGCCAGCAACGCAGUGAUGUUUUUGGCCAGCGACGGCUCAACCGUGCAGUUGGCGGUCGGCGCGACGAACGGGGGCACGCCGAGCACCCAGUCGGGCGCGGGGCUGAAUCCUCCGCUGAGCACGGACGGGACAGGGCGCCUCGACGGCCCCGUAGGGAUCUGCUUCGACCGUGACGACAGGCUGAUGAUCGCCGACACGUACAACAGGCGCAUCCUGCGCUACGAUCCGAGCGCCAACACCCUCGAGGUACAUGGGGGGAGGUCGGGGAUUGCAGGAGCCGGCGACGGGGCGUUGGGCACCGCGACCGUGUCCACCGUGACUGGGGUGGCGUGCGAUCAUGCCACAGGCAACACGUAUUUCAUCGACACCGUCUACGGCAGCACGCCCGGAUACGGCUUCCCGGCCUCUUAUUCGGUCAACCUCGCGGGCAACCGUCUGCGCGUUUUGGACCAGUUGGGGACCAUGACAUCCAUCGCGGGGCUGAGAACGCACAGGUUACAUCAGCACGGCAGCGACGGGUUCGGCGUGCUCGCGGAAAUUCCAUACGCCGAGGACAUCGCUAUGCUGAACGGCUACGUCUACGUCUCCGCGGAGAAGCAUUACACGCUGCACAUGAUUCAGACCACAGGCCAUGGUGGGCGGGGCGGAACGACGGUCACGAUCGCGGGCUGGCCGCGCUACACGGCGCUCACGACCGGCAACGCUUCGGACCCCGCCACCAGGUUGCGGAACAACGGCGGCGUCGCGGUGGACCCUGCGACCGGGGACGUGUACGUCGGCAGCUCACCUGGUGCGCUCAUUCAGAAGCUCUCGCCCGCUGCGGGGGCGGAGGCCUGCGUCGACGACAUCUUCCCCUCGCGCGCGCCGGGCUGCGAUAAGUCCAGGUCGCAUGUUGUCAGCCAGGGCGUGGCCUACAGCUGGCCUGGGGGGCACAAGCGCUGUCGCACGGGCCACCCCACCUGCCAGCUGCUCUGGACAACGUACUACAGGGCGGGGACGCCGCCCUUCGUCGAUCCCGUGACCAUGCAGCCCCUCAGUUCCUAUGGGUUGCACGACCCACUGGCGCUGCUGCUGCCCUGGAUGCACCAACCACACGAGUCGCCGUACCUCGCGGAGGAGCACUUCUUCGAUCAGCGGAAGCCCGGUCCCGCAGCCUCCGGCACGUGGGAGUACUACGGCAGGCAAUGCUACAACCAUGCCACGACCUCGGGGCGUUGGGUGACGGUCCUCAACUCCAACGCGGACUUCAGGUACCUGAGCGUCCCGGACGGGCACGCCCAGACGAAGCUCUCGCGCGCGACGUUCGAGCUCCGCGCGGGGGAGGUCCCGGCGACGCUCCGGAUGUUCUUCGUGUGUCAGGACCAGUGCACCAUCUACGUCAACGGCGAGCGCGCCGCCGCGAAAUGGUUCACCGACACCAGCACCUGGUCCGACGCCCACUACAACGCCGCGAAGCUGGACAACGUGUGGAUCGACCUCGGCACGGACCACGCAGGGGAGGAGGAGUCCAUGAUCGGGUACCACUGGAGCUGGACGGGGGGCGGCUAUUACCGCAAGAACGUGCCGCUGCGAGAGGGCCGGAACACGAUCGACGUCGUGCUGUACCAGCACGACGAAGGGCGGUCGUUUGCGUACGCGUUCUGGCCGCUCGACGCCGCGAAUUCGUUUCUGAACAACGCGCGGAACUGCAUUGGCCCGGCGGAGACCGGCCCGGAGGGCGCGGACAUCCUCGACGCGGAGAAACCGGUGAUCGCGUCGAGCGACGGCGCGUUCUUCAUCGGCGAGCCGACGGACGGCACGCAGGCGCCGAACGCCGGGCGCGUGGCCGUUGCUGCCUACAAUACCACGUCAGACGCGUGGGAGACCGUCGCAACCAUCACCAGCGACGACACUGCUGCUGGGUCGCGUCUUGGCGCCGACGUCGCUGCGUCGGCGGGAUGGGUGGUGGCGGGCGCGCCCGGCCAUGCGGGCGGAGCCGGCGCCGUCUUUGUGUUCCGCUCGACGGGGGGAGUCGCCGGGCCGUACAUUCAGGUCGAGAUCCUGCAUCCUUACGCCAGCAGCAGCGACACCAGCUUAGGCGCCGUGGUUGCGAUGAGCGAGGACGCCGAGAACCUCAUCGUGAGCGCCCCAGAGUCAGCCGCGCUCUAUUUUUACGCGCGACAGGCGAGCGAGCAGAGCUUCCGGAUAACCACGUUGGACAGGCCGUACAUCGGCGGCUCGACGAUGCCGGGAAACCUCGCACCAGCCCCGGGCUCAAUCGCCAUCGACGCGAAGUGGGGCCUGGCGGCCGUGGCCCACCGUGACCUCGCGGGCGGCACCCCAGACCACGUGCUGAUCUACCACGUCCGUGAUCAGCCCCAUCCGGCCAUGUGGGAGGUUACGACGGUGAUCGACACGAGCAGCACGGCCCAGCUCGAUGGGCAGCCAGUGCGCGGCUGCACACACGCGAUUCAGCUGCAGUACAAGACGUUGGUGAUGGGGUGCCGUGGCGAGACCAGCGGAGUUUCGGGCAACCAGUACGUGGCUGGGACCGUCAAGACGUACAGGAUCUUUUCGGAUGGGCUGAGACAGGGUCAGGGCACGGAUCCGCCGUUCAAUGUUGCGGGCCCGGUCUUCUACAGCUUCGCUGACAAGGACGGCACGUCCGGCACGACGUUGCAGCACAUUGCGUCGCGGGUGUCCGUCCAAGGCGAUCUGUACGGCUCGGCCGUUGCGCUGGCGGACAACGGCGCGACGCUGUACGUUUUGUCGCCGUGGGACGGCCUCGAAAUGUUUGAGCUGGUGCACUUGCAGUCCAGUGAUCUGUAUGGUCCGUCUGCCUGGAUCCUCAAGCACACUGUGCCUGCGAAGGAACUCGGCGUGCUGGACGUGGACUACUCGCCCCGGUCCCUGGUUGUCGGCAGGGACGGCCUCAUCGGCGUGGCCACCGCGGAGGGCGUGCGCUCAUUCCAGUUCGUCUGCAGCAAGGCUGGGCGCGCAUGCACGCCUGCGGAGCGCAAAUCGUGCCCCGCGGGCACGGCGCGGUGCGUCAUGACCGACGCCGGGCACCACUGCGUUCCCGAGGACGGCGCGGCCUCCUGCGCUGACGCGCACGUGGCGGAGACCGUCGCGCGGGGUCUCGGGGCGCAGUAUCUGACGAUGCACCAGGGCACGAUGUAUGCCAGCUCGGACCACGACGACCGCGUGUACAGGGUGAAGGAUCUGCGGACCGGCGAAGUCGAGACGUUCGUCACCGGGCUUGCAGAUCCUGUUGCCGUGGUGGUGCGGGGCGACACAGCCUACGUCGCCGUGUCGCGCGACCACACCAUUCGGAGCGUGGAUCUGACUCAGAAGGGCCCGCUCACGCAGUCGCAGCUUCCGGUGGUCGUCGGCGCGUCGGCGAACUCGGGCACGGCGCUUGGGUCGGCUGCAGCCUCCCGGCUGUACUGGCCCACCGGUCUGGCGUUCCAGUCCUCGGACGAGCUGCUGAUCGCGGACAAGGACAACCACCGCAUUCUGCGGCUGACGAUGUCCACGUCGACGGUGGAGCUCGUCGCGGGCAUCGCGGGGUUCCGGGGCUUCCAUGACGGCCCUGCGCUAGAGAGCACGUUCUCGGCGCCGAUCGCGCUGGCGUGGGACGCCGCGAACGGUGCGAUUCUGGUCGCGGACUACGAGAACGAGCGCAUCCGCCGAAUCGCUGGCGGGUUCGUCACGACCUUCGCGGGGACCCGCAGAGUAGGCCUUUCGGCGCUGGACGGUUUCCGCACGUGCGCCCGGUUCGCCGUCCGCCCGACGGACGUGAAGGUGGACAGCGUCGGCAACGUGUACGUGGCGGACUCGGCGCAUGGCCUCCGCAUGGUCAACGCAACGACCGGGAACCUCGUGACGCUCGCCGGCGCCGGGAAGGCCACGCCAGGCGCCGGGGCGUACGUGGACGGACCGGCGUCCGCUGCCCUGUUCUACGCGUACUGGAUGGGGCUGUACGUCAACGAGACGGCGUCCGGCGUCGACGCGGUCUACAUGGGGGUGUCAGCAGGUGUCGCUUACAAGGGAUUCAUUCGCCGCGUCGCGCCGUACAAGGGCCCGGAUGCACCGCGGGCCGCACGCGUCGGACAGCACUCCGCGUGCGGCACGCCCAGGACCGGGCUGCUGUCGUGCGCGCACUCGCGGCAGUCGUGCAGCGACGUCGGCGGCUGUCCUGACUCGCAGCUGUGUCGCGAUCAUGAGCUCGGCCACCUCUGCGGGCCCCCGCCGACCGACUUGCAGUGCGCAGCCAACUACACGGUCACUCACGUCGCCGGCCACACCGGCGGCUUGCGGCCGUCGAGCCACUUCAACGUCGCUGCAGACGAGGGGCCAGGGCGCGCCGCGAAUCUGCAGAGCGUCUACAGCAUCCACGCCUUGCGCGCCGGCGGGACCGUCUUCGUCGGCUCGUGCGACCGCGACUGGGUGAAGCGGCUGAGCGGCCCGGGCCUGGCCACGGUGGACGUCAUGGUUGCUGAGACCGACCGCCUCUACAUGCACUGCCCUUGGGGCAUCGCCGUCGCUGGCAACGACCUGUACGUCAGCAACAAGUACAGCUCGGGGGGUCCCUCGUACGUGCUCACGCGCUACUCCUUCGCGGACAUCACGGACCCCGCGAGCAGCGUUACGAAGGCACACAUCGGCAGUGCCAGCGGGACGGCGGGCGUGUCGGGGGUGCACACCAGCGUCAAGCUGGAGGCGGCGAUGGGCAUGGACGUCGACGCCGCGGGGCGGGUGCUGUUCGUUGAGAACAAGGGCAACCGCGUGCGUGUUUACGAUCCUGCGACUGGCAUCAUUUCGAAGCUGGCUGGGACGGGCUACGCGGGACACCGCGACGGCCCGGGCAACCGCGCGUCCUUCGCGCACUUGAUCGACAUCGCGAACGACCACGUGACCGGCAUGACGUACGUGACGGAGCGCAUGCCUGUCGCAACAGGGAGCCACUGGGGCGGUGGCGUCCGUCAGGUUGCUCCCGACGGCUUUGUCACGACCAUUGCGGCAGCGUCCUCAACUGAAACUGCUCGCGGUGGGUUCGGGAUGUGCGCGGUGGUGAUGAGGGAGCUGGGAAUGGUCGCAGCGCACAAUGGUGAGGUGUUCUUCACGACGACGUACGAGGACGAUCGGCAGGUGAUCUACAGACGCGCCGGAGGGAGCAUCGAUGUCAUCGUCGGCAACGAGGGCACGGCGUUUCCGCUGUCCGAAGUCGGCGGCGGCCCGAUGUUCGGCCCAGGUGACAUCACGCGACCGUGGAACAUCCUCGGGCUGGCGUACGAGCCGAGCUCCGGAAAAGUCGUCUACACCAGCGUCGGGGCAGUGUACGCCGUCGAGCGCACAGGGCAUUCCUGCCCCGUGCACGCCCGCCCGCCCUCGCCGGGGUCCCUGUGCGGCACAAAGUACGACCGCGUCGGUUGCGCCGCGGCCUCGUGCCCGUCCGGGACGACGUGCGUCGAGGCGGACGUGGGGCACCACUGCAGGCCUGCGAACACCAGCGCCGCCGCGUGCGACGAGGUCUGGAGCGUCAACACGCAGGCUGGCACUGGCCAGGAGGGGGCCGGAGACGGGUACGGCGUGGCAGCGCCGCUGGCUUCACCCCGAGGGGUCGCUGUGCGGUCGAACGGGGACGUGUUCUUCCCGGUAGGCAACAGGGUCUUCAAGAUGGAUGCCACGAACGGGUACGUGUCGGCGUAUGCGGGAACGGGGGCUACGGGGAGCUCCAGCGGAGUGCAGGUGUCGGCGGCUACAUUCUACGAGCUCGGCGCGAUGGCUGUGGGGCCGGACGACACGCUCUGGGUCCUCGAGCCCACUGUGUGCAGGCUCAAGUACAUCACCUCCACCGGCUGGGUCUGGACGUUGUUCUCUGCCGGUUGCGGACGCGGCAGCAGCGACCCAGAGCCGGGGCACCUCGCGUACCCCACUGACAUCGCCACAGGGGGGGCUUCGUCACAGCGCUCACCCGACCCCUCGCUCACCCGGCCUCUGUCACCCGGCCUCUCGUUCGCCGAGGGAGCGAGGGGAGGUACACGCCGCUAG